AUAUUAACCGAAGCAGAAUUGCCUUUGAAGUUAUGUGCUUAUAGCCCCUGCUUUCGGGCGGAAAGAAUGGCUUCCGGUCAGGAAAAUAAAGGCUUAAUUCGUCUACACCAAUUUCAUAAAGUCGAAUUAGUGAAAAUAAUUGAACCCGACCAUUCCUAUACCGAAUUGAAAAAAAUGUUAGCCGACGCUCGCAAUAUUCUCUAUCUGUUAAAAAUUCCCCACCGAGUAAUUGAACUUUGCUGCUCCGAAUUAGGUUUUACAGCAGCCAAAACAUACGACAUUGAAGUCUGGCUGCCAAUCAGCCAAAAAUGGUUAGAAAUCUCCUCAUGUAGCAAUUGUGAGGAUUUUCAAAGUCGUCGAGCCAAAAUCCGAGUCAAAAAAGAAAACCAAAAAUAUUAUCCUCAUACCCUUAAUGGUUCGGCCCUGGCAGUUGAUCGUUUAAUUAUUGCUCUGUGCGAGUAUUACUAUAAUGAGGAAGAAAAUAAAUUAAUUAUUCCUGAAAUUUUGCAGCAGUAUUUUUAG